AUGGUCAGCAGCCCGUCGGGCGGCUACCGCCUCGCCAGCGACGUCCCGCAGCCGGCGCCGCAGCCGGGCACCAUGCUGGUGCGCGUGCACGCCGUGUCGCUGAACCCCUACGACGCCAAGAUCGUCGAGUACCGUGUCGGCGCGCCCGGCGCCUACGUCGGCGGCUGCGACUUUGCCGGCGUCGUCGUCGCCGUCGGCCCCGCCGUCACGCGCUUCCGGCCCGGCGACCGCGUCCUCACCAUCAACACCCACGGCGGCUUCGCCGAGUACGCCCUGGCCGUCGAGGACCUGAGCUGCCACGUGCCCGACGCCAUGCCCUACACCCAGGCCUGCUCGCUGGGCUUGGCCGUCGGCAUCGCCGGCCUGGCGCUGUUCCAGGAGCCCGGCCUCAACCUGCCGCUGCUCCGAGGCCCGGACCUUGGCCAGGUCAACGGCCACCAGGAUGAAGCCGUGCCGGCUGCGGCCGUGCCGGCUGCGGCCGUGCCGGCUGCCACCGUGCUGCGCCGGAUUCAACCCCAUCGUCACCUGCUCGCCCGCCAACAACGCCCUGUGCGAGUCCUUCGGCGCCUCGGCCUGCUUCGACUACCACUCGCCCACCUGUGGCGCCGACAUCCGGCUGCACACCGACAACACGCUGGCCCACGUGCUCGACUGCGUCACCGACGCCGCCACCAUGGCCAUGUGCUACGAGGCCAUCGGCGCCCCACGGGCGGCGCCUACGUCGCCCUCGAGCCCACAACCAACACGGUCAAGUACACGCGCCGCGACGUCCGCGCCGACUGGGUCAUGGCCAACACGCUGCUGGGCGAUCCCUGCACCCUCGACGGCGUCUACGGCCGCCCCGCCGCCCCCGAGCACCGCCUGUUCGCCGGCCGCCUCUUCAGGCUCGCCGAGCGCUGGCUGCGCGACGGCGACAUCUGGAACCAUCCCCUGGAGAUCCGCCACCCGGGCCUGGAGAGCGUCGGUCCCGGCCUGCAGGACCUGCGCGCCGGCAUCAUCAGGGGCAAGAAGCUCGUCGUCCCGCUCGAGGUUGCGGCGUAG